AUGGCCAUGCUAACCCACGCUCUACGUUCUCUGUACGCCAGCGGUGGCGACUCGUCCGUCGCUCGUCGCUGGGAGUUUCGUGACGAGUCCCCCCUGGAGGGUAGCGACCGGUCGCUCUUUAUUGCCAUGGGAGUGAUAGCCUUAUUCUCUUUGGGGUCCACAUUUGGCCUCUUGUCAUUCCUUACCUAUCGAUUCAUCUACUGGCAGCGAUACUACAAGCGCCCGCUCGCUCAGAACCAAUACGUGGUGCUUAUCUACAACCUCCUAUUCGUGGACCUGCAGCAAGCCAUUGCCUUCUUGAUCAGUUUGCAUUGGGCGUCUCGUGGCAGUGUUCAUUUUGGCGAAGCCGCCUGCUAUUUGCAAGGAUGGUGGAUUCAGACAGGUGACGCCGGCAGUGGGCUAUUCGUCCUGUCGAUUGCUCUUCACACCUGUGCCGUGGUGCUGCGUGGCAGUCAACUGCCAUUCAAGACCUUUGUGUACUGUGUGAUCGGGUUAUGGGUGUUCAUCCUCGUUUUGGGAUUUAUUCCCGUUGGUCUAUACGGCUCUAAGGUUUUUGUCAUCUCAGAGGCCAAUUGGUGCUGGCUGAGUCCAGAGCACGAGAACGAACGACUCUGGGGUCACUACUUCUGGAUUUUUCUUUCCGAAUUCGGCACAAUCGUCCUAUAUGCAAUUAUGUUCUUCUACCUCCGGCGCCGUAUGACGCAAGCGAAGCAGCUACGCCGUGGCCAACAGGAGAGUUUGCACCGUCUCAACCAAGUCGUCAUCUACAUGGUGAUCUACCCUCAGACCUACUUUGGUGUUGCUGGCUGCUUUAUGGCCUUUUCUGGAUUUAUGGAUGUGGUUGUCUAUACCAUCACCCGUCGCCACCUGCUCAUAAAUACUGAACACAGCACCGCCGACCGCACCUACGAUUACGCUGACUCCCACUGGCAAGCCAACAUCUCCGCCGCCGCCGGUGGUGCAUCUCGCUCCCGAAAGGGAGGAUUUCGCAUGGUAUCUCGACUGGGUUCGAAGUUCCGGCGGAGCCUGCCUACUGUUGACAGGGAGACCCGACACAAUCCAUUCGAGGGCUCAACUGAGGACAUUGUUCCCAAGAACGAUGUGGAAUUGACCAAAUAUGGUGGUGUGUACCAGGAAACCACCAUUGAGAUCUCCCGGGAGCCCGCAAACCCUGCAGAUUACAUGGAUAGGAGCACGCACCGGAGCCUUUAG